AUGUCUUGGCAAUCAUAUGUUGAUUCAUUCCUUGUUGGAGCUGGAAAAGGUAUGGGUGGAGCUAUUAUUGGACUUCAAGGUGGUGUUUGGGCUGCUUCAGCUAACUGCACUCCAUCUGCUCAAGAAUCAGUUACUAUUGGAACUGCUUGUGCUUCAAAUAUUGCUGGACUUCAACAAAGUGGAGUCGUUAUUGGUGGCAAGAAAUUCAUGAUCACCAGAGUUGAUGCUGAUGAAGGAUCUGCUAUGGGUAAGAAAGGUGCUGAAGGUAUCUCAAUCUACAAGACCAAACAAGCUGUUAUCAUUGGAUACUUCUCAGAUGCUUCAGUCUCUGCUGGACAAAACUCUGAUGCCACUUACAAGUGUGCUAAAUAUCUCAUGGACGCUGGAUAUUAA